UACGUCAACAAUAGCUUAUGAUUCUCGAAUAUAAUAUUAACUAAAGCGCUGUAUUAAUUGAUAAAGCUGAGAAACUUUUUUUUAAAACCGUUUAUAAUUCACGAACAAAUAUGCCUUAAUAUUUUCUCACAGCCUCCGCUGGCAGCACUUUUGCGCGAAAUCACCCUGUACUACUUGACAAGCUCCGCCCUCUAGAAUCCAGGCGAAUAGUUGCAAGGAUACUUAGGGGUUGAUGAGACUGUGGUAUUUCCAAUUGGACCGGCGAUGCUAUAAAAGACGCAGAAUUCCCAGGAGAUGUUGUCAUUAUACAUUCAGACUUAUUGGACAUCGCAAGCGUAGCAAUUGGAAUAUUUUAAAAUAUAAAGUUAUACAAAUUGUAAGGAAAAACAGAAAAAUGUCGCGCCAUCAAUUACCAGAUUCGUCCUCAUCGCCCCCCAUAAGCCAUAUACCCUACCAUAACUUUGACGAUGAUCUAAUCACUGAGCUGCCCUCUUGCAUCUAUGCGGGUCAACAUCAGAGUGGUGUCGGUGGUGCCGGUGCAGCUGGUGGCAUCACGACUGGCGGCUCAGGUUUGCGUCUCAGUUCCAACAACUUGCGGCACAUUCAACAGCAUUAUUUACAGCAGGGCAAUGAAAAUAUGCUGGACUCAUCCACUAAUACCAAUACGCUGGUAACGUUAAAUUCCAAUAACACCACGCCCAUGAUGUGCAAUAGUCCAACUGCUAGCAGCAGCGGCGGCGGCGGUGGCGGUGCAGGUGGUUCAGGUCCUAGCUCGGGACCAGGAACCUCGAGUGCUAGUUAUGGUGCAGCGGCCGCAUCCAGUUACAAAAUCCAACGGCAACAGGCAAAUGUGCGGGAAAGGAAACGCAUCCAGAGGUCCGCACCAACUGGUAGUAUCAAUUCAGCCUUUGACGAGCUGCGGGUCCACGUACCCACAUUUCCGUACGAGAAGCGUCUGAGCAAGAUCGAUACCCUACGCCUGGCCAUUGCAUACAUAUCCCUGCUGCGCGAGGUGCUGCAAACAGACUACGAUCCUCUGACCUAUGUGGAGAAGUGUCUGCGUGGUGAGAUUAAAGCAGAUCGCGCCAAUUGGAACACAAGCGAUUUGACGGCACGUCUCUCCUGGAUCAAUUGGGAGAAUCUGGGCGUGCAUCCUGGACGUCGCACUCUGCUCACAUCCCUUGCAUUGUCCUCGGAACCAAUGUGCGGUGCACACUGCGGCAUGCCAUAAGCCUAUUCCAGCUCAACUCAGUUGCUCCUGGUUAGGGAAAAGAAAUCCUUUGUUUUUGAAUGCUAGCAGGGGAUAUUUUAAAUAUUCAAACUAGCAGUCUACUUUAAAAUUAUUAAAAUUAUUUAUAGCAUAAAAAUCAACAAAAAACAUAUACUUUGUGACGUUUAACAAAGUCUACAGUUCCCGAGAGAGACUCUUUUAAUCGGGAAUUCCCAACUAGGGGAGCCUGAAACCCCUUCUACCUACAACAAAUGCAGUUCGCGUCACGCGCUCAUUUGCUUUAGCAGUGUUAAAAAUAAAUGAAACAAAAAAUUAGUUCCUUCGAUGGGAAUCGAACAUUUAACAAACCACACUACUUGGCUCAACCGUCACACCACCAAUCGACCCUUACUGAGAAAAAAACGAAUUAAAAUAGCAACACAUACACACAGCACAGAUCAAAGUCAAUAAAGAACCGCCCAAAUAUGUGUGUGUUCAUGUAUGCAGAAAUUCCUGCGCUGUGCUUCUUCAUGAUAAAUUUAACAGUUGAUAUUUCUGUGCUAUAGAAUGUUUGUAUAUUCUCAAAAUGACAAUUGCCUUAAAAUUGCGGCUAUAUAAAAUGAAUGAUACUUGAUAUAUAUAAUAUUCUAGAAGCUACAUGACCAGAGUUUGGUGACUCUAGCUAUUAUAACUUAAGAGAUUUGCUCGAAAAGUAAGAUUUUGAUAUCGAUUAGUAUCGAUUACUUGUAAAUGGGCAAGUUAUCGAUCAUCGAAAACAAACAACUACUGCGCCUGUAGUAGGCGGACAUGCUCAACAUUUCUGAAAUCCUUGCGUUUAUACAUAUGGCCAGACUUCCUUCUGCCUGUUACACUAGCACAAAUACAUUUUACAGUAAGUCCUCCACUUCAAAUAUUGGUCUCCAAAAAGUAUGCUAUGGUACUCGUAUAAGAAUUGAUUGAACCAGAUCCAAUUAGACAAUUGAUCACACAAAAAUUUAACAUAUCCUGUCUGUCUUCCCUAAAAUAUUAGUGAAUAUAUACUUGCAUUUAUCUUAUAAGUAAUCAUGAUAUUAAUGAAAGACAAUUUAAUUUUCUAACAAAUAGCAGUAAUAUUUAUUUCAAAAGCAUUUUAGUUGCACUAAUCAAACAACACUGUAGCAUUUUUUUAAGUUUGUAUUUGUUCGCUGGUUCGUUAGAUUUUGCCUAAAAGGCAGACAUACGCGAUGUAUGUGUUAACAAAUCAAUUCCUCAAACUAUAUAUCAGCACAUAUGUAUAUAAAUAUAUAUAUAUAUUUAGUAUCAGUGUAGACAGUGAGUAUUUCAAACUAUAAAUACAAACGUACGUAAUAGUAAA